AUGGCAUCAUCGACGCGCAGGCCACUUCACUUUGUUCUCAUACCGUUAAUGGCGCAAGGUCACAUGAUCCCCAUGGUUGACAUGGCUAAGAUUCUCAGUCAGCAAGGCGUGAUUGUCAGCUUCAUCACCACUCCUCACAACGCUUCAAGAUUCAACACAGUCAUCGACCGAGCCAAAUCAGAAUCAUCCGCCGAACUCCAGCUAGUCCAGAUUCCAUUUCCAUGGCAGGAAGUCGGCUUACCUCCAGGCUGCGAGAGUCUCGACACCCUCUCUUCAAAAACCCUACUUGACAAAUUCUACAAAGCACUCGGAAUGCUUCAAAAACCCAUUGAAGAUUUUCUUCAGAAAAACGACCCUUUACCCAUCUCAUGCAUAAUUUCAGAUAAAUGUCUUUACUGGACAUCAUCAACAGCUCAAAAGUUUAACGUUCCUAGAAUCGUGUUUCAUGGAAUGGGCUGUUUUUCACUGUUGACUUCUCAUAAUGUCAAACUCUACAAGCCUCACCUUUCAGUUUCCUCAGACGCUGAAUCGUUUCUGAAAUGCUUAGAAUGGCUUGAUUCGAUGAAUCCCGGCUCAGUAAUUUGCUGUCUGGGAAGUCUCUGCCGGCUGGUUCCACGGCAGCUGAUAGAACUUGGGUUAGGUUUAGAAUCAUCAAAUAGACCAUUCAUCUGGGUGAUUAAAACAGAAGAGAAAUCCCAUGAGGAGUUAGAGAAAUGGCUGGAAGAUGAUAAAUUUGCAGAGAGAGUAAAGGACAGAGGACUCUUGAUCAAGGGAUGGGCACCCCAGAUUCUGAUACUAUCUCACCGAGCCAUUGGAGGUUUCUUGACUCACUGCGGGUGGAACUCGGUUAUAGAAGGGAUAUGCUCCGGAGUGCCGAUGAUAACUUGGCCAUUAUUCUCUGAACAGUUCUUGAACGAGAAGCUGAUCGUCGAGGUUUUGAAGAUUGGUGUUCGAAUAGGUGUGGAACUCCCUGUGAGAUGGGGAGACGAAGAGAAAGUCGGCGUGUUGGUGAAGAGAAAUGACGUGGAAAACGCCAUUGAUGAGCUCAUGAUGAGCAGUGGAAGAGAUGAUGAGUUUGAAGGUGAAACGCGGAGAGAUCGAGCGAGAAAGCUUGGGGAAACGGCGAGGACGGUCAUGCAAGAGGGAGGAUCUUCUUAUCUGAAUGUGCUGAGUUUGAUUGAAGAUGUUUUGACGCAAUCCGAACUGUCGGCCAAGAAUAAUGAAGAUCAAAGCUUUGAUUUUGGGAAUAAAUUAUAA